AUGCGUCCAAUCAUUAUCGAGCAGAAAUACACGCCAGCCUACGAGAUUGUUGCUGCAAUAGAUGAGGCUUCAGAUAAAAACCCAUGGUAUUAUGAUAUUUGGAACUUUCUAGAAAAGGAGAUAUAUUCACUAGGGGAAAAUGCCAAGGAUAAACGAGGAAUAUGGCGUCUGGCCGUCCAGUCACAGACUAAUAAAGGUGUUGAGGCCGCGAACAAGAACAUCAAGACAAUUUUGCAGAAGAUGGUGGAGACUUACAAGGACUGGUCAGAGAAACUACUGUUUGCAUUUUGGGGCUAUAGAAUGUCGAUUCGGACAUCUAUAGGGGUGACCCCCUAUUCUCUUAUUUAUGGCAUGGAAACUGUUCUGCCAAUUGAAGUUGAAAUACCAUCACUGCGAGUUAUGGCUGAGUGCCAAAUAGCAGAAGCCGACUGGCAACAGAGUAGAUUUUAG